GCAGUCUAAUGCCGCUGCUGAUGCCAUGAGUCCUUGGCUUCUAAUCAACAAUGGCGGGUCUUUGGGUUAUCUAUUACUGAUUAUGGAUUAUGGGUUGCAAAAUCAAAUAAUUAAAAAUUAAAUUAAAUUAAAUUAAAUUAUCAAAUUUUGAGUACAUGUACAGUUAAACUGCCCAACUAAAUGGAACCAUGGUGCAUGCAUAAUUAGACAAGUUGCCGUACAUCUGUCUCAGAUGCAUCCCAAUGCUUGGUUGCCGCAAGGUUCUUGGAUGAUGAUAGCUUUCUUUCACAGGAAAGGCUAGCUGAUGAUGGAUACUCAAAUAUUUUAUCUUCUGAUGGAAAAUUAAUAGUGUAUUUGGAAUCCAAAUGAAGGCCAGGCAAAUAAUCUUUGGAGCUUUUCAAGCUGAUCAUUGCAUGAUGUGAACUUGAAGCUGAUCCAGCACUCUAUCCAUCAGUCUAUGCUGCAGAUGCUGGUGGAACAGUUUGGUGUUUGGUGGACGGGUGGGUCAUGCCUCAUCUGGUGGAAUCAAACAUUGAUGGUCACAGAAUAAUUGACAGCGAACGAACUGGGGAUUAUGAGAACUCGAAGUGAAGAAGACGAUAAUGGAAGCAGUAAACUUUCAUUCCCGUGCAUCAAAAUAGCCGUAGAGUUCCUCGGAGAAUGAGAAAUACUUCUAAUCAUAUCAAAAAGUUACAAUAAUAAAAUCUCUAAACUUGUCUUUCAAUCACAUUUUGAGAUAGACUAACUAGCCAGAUGAUGGGAUCACAGUAACCUGAAUCGUGGGCUACUGAUAUCUACUAUAUUUUAAUAGAAUUAACUAUCUAUUUUAUCAAUAAAUAAGAUAGUUUCUGUCAUAGAAACCUUCAAUGAGGCAUUGGAGACUUCAAUGAUUAUCAUAGAAAGGUCCGUUUUUGUCGUUUAUCCCUAUGACAGUAGCACCCUGGUGAAGAAUAAAUAGAAGCACUAAGCAUAGAACAAUAGACCAUCUAUCACCAAAUUCUCGAAAUGCAUGCUCCAGCUGUGAUUGGUAAUGCUCUGGUGAUUCUUCUGAUAUUAAGCUUCUGCAACUCAGUUCGUACGGAUAAUGUCCAUGUAAGCGUCAAGAACAGGUUAGGCAAUGGGAAAAACUUAACCUUGCAUUGCCAAUCAAAAGAUACUGAUCUUGGGGAGCAAAAUGUUAUCGAUGGGGGCGAAUUCGGAUGGGACUUCUCUGUCAAUGUUUGGGGGAGCACGUUGUUUUACUGUGACAUGGGGUGGGAUGCUGUGCAGGAGUACCAUUUCGAUGCGUAUUCCUUCGAAAGGGACUUCGCCCGUUGUGAGACGCAGUGUUCUUGGCUGGUGUCGGGUGAAGGCAUGUAUGGAUUGAAUGGAGAAACCGGGUUCUGGGAAUUUGCUUACGACUGGCCAAGUUGAUGAGUACUUGAUCACAUCUCGAACAUGGAGGUUGGUGAACAAUUCAAAAGAAUAAUUAAUACAUGUUCGUUCUCAAGGAUACAAACCUCUUGUGGCUAUGUAAUUCUCUCUCUCUCUCUCUCUCUCUCUCAAGUGACAAGCUAUAUAUCAAAGCUAUAUUGGAGUUGAAGGGUUAUACAUUACAGGCAAAAAGGUGACUGAAAAGACUUUAUUCAAGUACCAAAAUUUGCAACGGAUGCAGAAAAACACCAUGUCCAACGAAUUGGGGAACUUAAGCAAAUUACCUUAGAAACAUAAAUAAUCCAUCCAACGAUCCACAACUAAUUAUUCUAUAACUUGUAUGACUAUUAUGCAAUCCUGGUCCUUGAAGUUAAGCCUGUAACAUGGUAAAAGGGACUUGAGGCCUAACGUUCUGUUAUCUGCAUGACGUGGUCAAGUAAUCAAAAACGCAAAAGAAGAGAUGAACAGAAGAUGUAGAUUGCACAUAAACCAAUAACCAUGGACGUUCACUGCAAACUGACAUAAGAAUUACUUUUACUUCAAUGGAACUAAAACAACAAAGACCCAAAAAUCCCCAAAAUAGGAGAAAAAAGACAUAAAAUUUGCAUCCUGUUCUAACAAAAAAGCACCUAAAAAAUUUUUGGCCUAAUAGAAAAAUAAUAAGACCAAAGCAACUACCAAGUUCAACACAAGCCACUCAUUGCCAAUAAUAAUUUGGCAUCUAAAAUCUGAAAUCCCAAUGCGAAAGCGCACUCAAAGCAUCAACUAUACCAGCAUCUUUCCUCCAUUGAUAACCCAGAGCGUCAGAAGUCAACCAAAAUGAACUCACAUACGACACAUGUCUGAAUAAUGUAGACUUCAAGAUCGUCCAACUCUUCCUCCAAAUCAGAAGCACUUUCGGUGAACAAUGGCUGGACCUGAUUCAUCAUACUCACCCUUGGAAAUC